ACACCACAAAAAGAACCCCCGCCAUCAAUUAAUCUUUAAAUGCCUGUUUGAGUGGGAAGGUCUUUGCCUCCAGUAAAAGAAGCACAUCUUCAACAAAUGACCUAUUUGGUAAGAGACAGACAAAGCUCUCCUGUGAGAAUUUUAAGACUCUGACAGGGUUCAUACAGGGAAAUACAAUCUUUCAGAUAGUCUGAACCUUAGCUGUAUAGGACUUUAUAGAUCAUAAUCAACUCUUUGAAUGGUGCCAGAAACAGCCAAGGAAGCUCUUUCAGCAAGGGAGUUAUAUAUUUCCUGCUAAUGGCCCCAGUUAGCAUUUUGGCUGCUAUAUUUUGGACUGCUGAAGUUUUUGAACAGUUUCCAAAAUCAAUCCCAUAUAGAGUGCCCAUUACAGUAGUCUAAAGGGGAUGUAAUAAAGGCACAUGACUUUAUAUCCAGACCUGACUUAUCUAGAAAUUCUCAUUGUUCAAAGGGAUGCCACUCUUUUGAUGCUAGAACUGAGGAAGAUGGUAAAUGAGAGGAGAAAAAGAGAAUGAGAGUAUAGAGGAGGAAUGGGAAUGGGAAUGAAUAAAAUCUGAAGCCUCUUCCUAUGAGAAAAAUAUUAUUUUUUUAUGCACAAGAUGUCUAUCUUACACAGAAAAUGCUAUAGUUGGGAACAUUGUGUAAAAUUUGUGUGUGGUGUUUUGGGGCUUUUAGGCUCAAAAAGCAGCAUUUUCAUUGCAGAAAACAGCAUUGAAAAAUUAGAGAAAAUUCUGUUUUCUGCACAUACAAAAAAGCCAUGUGCAAGUUUGGCACAUAAUAUAUCCCAAAGUGGGAAGGUUGUGACUCCAGGUUUGUCCUCAUCAGGAUUUGCCAACACUUGAAAAACACAAAGAUGGGAUAGAAAUAAAUAUUGUUGUUGUUGUUAUUUUCAGAUAUUCUUUCCAUCCCUAAUGUAUAUUUAUCCAAAUAGUUGUUUAGUUGAACUUCUGAUUCACCUGUAUGAAUGUCAUGGGAGAAGUGUGAGGUAGACAGGAAGCAUUAUUUUUCUUUGUUUUAAAAACACAGACUAUAAGUGGCACAGAUCAAUUGCUUUUAUAUUUUUUCAGGGGUAUAUAAAAGCCAAGAAGCCCGUUUAAUGCUCCAUAUAUAUCUCAUUAAAGCACCAUCCCAUACGGCUCUGAACAAACUGAAGGAAGAAAAAUGGGCAAUGGAUGGUUUUGUUUCUGCUGAGCCUGAUGGUGCUACCUAUGUUUUUCAAGGAUUUAUCCAGGGUAAAGAUUAUGGGCAAUUUGGACUUCAAAGACUAGGACUUAAUAUGUCUGAAGGCUCAAAUUCAUCAAACCAACCACAUGGAACAAAUAGCAGUUCUGUGGCCAUUGCUAUUCUUGUGCCUUUCUUUGCCCUUAUAUUAGCAGGAUUUGGGUUUUAUCUUUAUAAACAAAGAACUGCACCUAAAACACAGUAUACAGGCUGUUCUGUACAUGAAAAUAACAAUGGACAAGCUGCUUUUGAAAAUCCCAUGUAUGACACCAAUGCAAAGUCUGUCGAAGGGAAGGCUGUGAGAUUUGAUCCCAACUUGAACACAGUUUGCACAAUGGUAUAACAUUGUGAAGACCUGACUUCAGUUAUCUGAAAAUUGAAACACAACACAGUGCACACAUAGUUCACUGAUUUUUUUUAAAACUAACUAAAUAAAUUUAAAGCACAGUUUUCAGGAUUUCCUGGGUCACCAUCUCCUGAAGAUGCGGGCGAAAGAGACAAGAGUGGGAUUCUUUUUUCAUGAACUGGAAAAAAAAUAUUGACUUCAUGGUUACAUUGGAGUGUUUUACAGAAAGUAUGCUGCACUCCAUGAGUGCUUACUCAGUUUAUUUGCUUUUUUAAAAAAGGAGACUAUUCUAAAAAAAACCUUAAAAUAAAAAAUAAAACAUAUUUGCAUAUAUUGGAGGAGCAUCCACUAUCAGUACUUCUGUGCUUUAUAAACUAUGCUAGAGGGACUGGGUUUAAACAAACAAAAUAAAUGAUAUAUGGUAGAAGUAAGAGUUAUAUUUACAGGAAACAGCAAGAGUCGCUGACUUCUCUUUAACAGUCACAAACCACAUCUUUCCCCCAACAACUGGAAUCUGUUUCUGUUCUCUGCCAGUUAUGCCUUCCCUUUUAAAUUCAUUAUAUAUCUCUUGCCCUGCACCUUGGUACCUAUCAGUUUCUAAGGUUAUGCUGUGACCAUUAAUAGACUUAGGUUUGCAAAGUAUAACCUAUUAUUUCUAUGCCAUGAUGGGAUAAUUACAAGUCAUGUCUCCUUUAUUUCCUGAGUUUAAAUCCCUGCACGUUUUCAUCCUUUAUUGCUUACUUCAUGCUACCUUCUCCUGCAUCCUGUUGGAUCCAUUUUUUGUCUUACUCAUCACAUUACUUUCCUCAAUAGCCACCAGUCUGAUAGCACUAUCAAAAGAGUGGAGAUGUGCUGUAUUAAUUAACCUGGGUUUUGCAACUUUGCCACUGUCUAUGUUGCUGAAGACUAUUUAUGAAAAUUCCCAUUAUUGUUUCCCCUUCCACGCAGGAAUUCAAAUCCCCACUAUUAAUUGUUCUGAAAUUUCUAGAUUUCAGAUCCUACUCCAACCUUUAUUUCUUCAGCAUUAGAGGUCCUGCUUCCAGACUGUGUUAAAUGCUGUACACAGGGUAUGAUCAAAAGCCAGCAAAGCUGCAGUCACUAAAAUAUAGGCUUUAAUCCAUUAAUGCAUGUAAUGUUCUAAUGCACCCAUGGAGCAUCAUCUCCUCUUCCCCAGAUCUUCCAUAUUUAUUUCAGUGGAGGUGGCAGCAUGGUGCACAUGAAGCGAUAUAAAUGAAUAUCUGCUCUCCCUUUAAAAGGAAGGUGAAGCCCUAAGGUGUUCUGUGUAGCCUCCAGAGCACAAAGAUCUCUUAGGCUCUUCCAUUCUCUGCAUUGGAAUUGUUGUGUAGUUGUUGUUGUUUUUCUUUUGGAAGUGCAUCUAAGUCUAUUCUUAAUUAGCUAUUUUCUUUAAUUGGUUCUUAGUUCUGUGACUCAUUUUUAUGGCAAAUAAAUUGUAACCAACUCAACAAAGGUAUCAUUCAAGAAUUAGAAUAUGCUGGUUCUCCUGUAUUUUAGACACUCAUAAGUAAAUAUGUAUUUAUUUACAUCCAUUAAAAGUAAUGAGUCUUGCCAUGGGAGGAGAUAACUUUGCAAUUACAAUGUUUGCCUCAGUAUAAUGUGCUCCGC